UUCGGUAAACUUCGGCAAGCGUGCACUUCCGGUUUUGACCACACGGUCUGAUAAUGGCGGUUGCAACCCAGGAGGGCGCUGAUUCACUCCGUCGUGGAAACUCAACAGAAGAAAGAAGAAAAUUGUCUGUCUCUGUUAGGUGACUUCUGUUGAUGUUGAUUUAUUUUUAUUAAAAUGUACAGAGACAGCUGUUUUGGGUGGUGAGGAGUCCUAGCUUGUUUUGGUUCAUGAGCGAGAGCGCCACUGCUACCCCCUUUUCAAAGUUGCUCCUGAUGUUGAAAAGCCUGAGUAAAUGUCAGAGCAAGCUGCUGCUCUUCCCAGACCACGCCGUGGGAGACAGACCAACCUCAUCGCCGUGGCAACCCUCUGUUCUGGCUCAAAGAAAGAGGCAAGGGCGGAGAAGAAAGGAACUUUUAUGCCUCUGAACCCCCGCUAGUUUCCUCAUCCCCCUCAUCCUUGUGCAUUGUAGCCCAGCCCUGAACCAUGUGGCCAAGCUCCCAGGCUCUACUGUGACCAGAGAGGAGGAAGAGAGGAGUGCUGCAAUUACUAAGGAGGCAGUGAAGAAUGCCUGUUGAGGAGAGAGAGGAGGCAGAGAAGCACUCUAAGUCAGACACUGCAAGUAAACAACCUGCAGUAGCUACAGCAAAUAGAGCCAUCUGUAGAUCAGGAAGACAAAAAGACGCUCCCGAGCCUUGGCGUCACUCAACAGGCAGGCAGAUGCGCUCGAGUUGGUGGAGGUUGAAAGAAGGUUUUGCCUCUCUGUCUCUCAACUUUUCCUGAGGAGAGAAGGAUUUGUAGAAGGUCAGGUGUCAGCGGUGAAAUGGACUUCUUGUCAGCAUGGAUUGUGUCACCUUCAGCUCUACCCUUUCUCUGUCUCAUCUGGGGCACGCUGGCCCAGCAGGCCUUCAGGACCGAGCCCAAGAACUUCACUGUGCGGAUGGGAGCCACAGCUGUGUUGAAGUGUGAGGUGCUGCGGGCCUCAGGGACUGUGCAGUGGGGGAAAGAUGGUCUCCUCCUGGGACCUCAGAGAAGCCUGCCAGGCUUUCCACGCUACAGCAUGAUUGGAAACCCCAAGAGAGGGCAGUAUCAUCUUCGGAUUGAAAAGGCCCAACUGGAAGAUGACGCCUCCUAUGAAUGUCAAGCGGCCCAGUCUGAGAGCAGUACAGCAAUCAUUUCCAGCACAGCCUGGCUCACUGUGGAAAUUCCUCCUUCCAAGCCGUAUUUGGUGAUGGACAUAAUGACACCUUGGGUGGCAGGAAAGAAGUACAACAUCACCUGUAUUGCCCCUGAUGCAAAGCCUGUGGCUGAAAUCGCACUUUUUAAAGAUGGAGUCGAGCUGACAGGUGCAAAGUUUUCCACCACGUCUGGCUCAAAGGAUAAGCUCCUGAACCGGCAUGCUCAAGUAACGUUCACCGCUCAUAGCUCUGACAAUGGGAGGCCACUGACAUGUCACGCCAGCAACAGCGCCCUUUUCCGGCCUGUGGAGACCGCAAUGACCAUGAGCGUGUACUUUCCACCUCCACCUCCAGUUAUUUUAGGUCUGGAAAGAAAGGAAGUCAAAGCGGGGAGAAUACUUGUGGUUGAGUGUGUGUCUCAUGGUGGAAACCCCCUAGCCACUCUCCAGUGGACCAAGGACGGAGAUGUUUUGUCCAAGACUUGGGAGGAGGACGUUGCGGUGCAUAAGUCCACCAGUGUCCUCCGCCUUAAGAUCACCCCCGCGGACAACCAAGCUUUGCUCUCCUGUGAGAGCACCCAUCUGGCGUCCCUAUCACCUGUGUCUGUCAGCGAACGAAUCACUGUGCUCUUUGAGCCUGCAGAGGUGACGUUGUCGGGUUCGCUCACAGCCAUUGAGGGGGAGGACUUGAAUCUGUCCUGCCACGCCACCUCCAGUAACCCUCCUGUCCAGAUUCGCUGGUGGCUGGGCCACAAGGAGCUCAACACGUCUGUUGUUACUAUGGAAGAGGGAGACAAUGGUGGGAAGACAACCAUGUCCAACAUGACCUACAGGGUCUCUCGGGAGGAGGAUGGGCUGGAACUCACCUGUGAGGCUUUCAACAACGGCACACAUUUCUCCAAGACUCAGAACGCCAAACUCAGUGUCCAUUACCCCCCUCAAAAGAUAUGGCUCAGUGCUCCUCCUCAAGAUGUCCCCCUUCGUUCAGGGAACAUAGCCCGUCUCAUGUGCUUGUCCAGUGGAGGGAAUCCCACUGGCACUCUGACCUGGUUCAAGAAUGGAAAGGCUGUGCCUAAUGCGCUUAAGCAGACCUCCUCUGAUCGUGGUGUGGCUCGAGAACUGGUCCUCGUCCUGACGGCUAGUGACAACAUGGCAGCCUACCGCUGUGAUGCCACAAAUGAGGCAGGGAAGACCAUCUCUGCCCACACUAAGCUCACGGUGCAUUUUCCAGCGGUAAGUAUGAAGAUCACAACCAAACAGGAGGAGCUCCGCCGGGGCCACAUGCUAACUCUGGAGUGCCAGUCUGGAAGCAGUAACCCCAAGGCCAACAUCUUCUGGAGCCUGGGGACACUCAGGUUCCAGGGAGUGGAGCAGCCACCAGUGAACUCUGUAUUUAGUGGUGUGUCGGUGCGCAGUUUUCUGUCCCUGAAUCUGAGUUCACAGCAUCACAACAUGAUGGUCAUUUGCCAGGCCUACAGUCCUGUGCUGGCAGAGGGGGCCAGCACUUUCUUUAAACUCAAUGUGCUUUACCCACCUGAGUUCAGCCCAGAGCAGCCAACGCAGGUCCAGGUGUUGGAGAAUGACAUGGUUACCAUCCCACUGCAGGUCACAGCGAACCCAGAGGAGGUCUCCUGCAUUUGGCUGCACCACAGAGGGAAAGUGGUCAAAGAGGGGGAUCUGCACAACAACUGGCUGGAAGACUCAUUGCAGAUUGAGAAUGUGACAAGGAAAAAUGCCGGCGUCUACACAGUCAAGUGCACAAAUGACGAGGGUGUCAACCAAACCUCCAUCAUGCUGGACGUUCAGUAUGCUCCUGGUGUCAAGGCAGAGAAAGACCCUGUGUUUGUGAACCUGGGGGAAACAGCAGAUCUGAUAUGUGUGGCAGAUGCCAACCCCAUAAUAUCUGACAUGUUCUCUUGGAAAUUUCUGGGAGAAUCGGGAGAAUCAGAGAUGGACUUGGGAGAAGAGAUUCAGCAAGACGAAUCUAGCCUUCUGACCAUUUAUGACGUGACUCGGGCUCAUGCUGGUCUUUACCAGUGCACAGCCGAUAAUGGCAUAGCACCCCCUGCCACUGUAGAUGUGGAACUGGUAGUGCAAUUCAAACCGGAGCUUCUUAAAGGAGCUCAGUGGAGGAAGGUAGCAAGUAGAGGGGAUGGCACCACUAUGGCUGAGCUAGUGUGUAGGGCAGAAGGUAUUCCUCGUGUGGACUUCUCUUGGGAAAAAAAUAGUGUACGCAUGGACUUUGAAAACCCCAGGUAUGAGGAGCGGACCGUGAGGGAUGGCUCCUUCUACACCAGCACAAUUCGAGUAGUAAAUGUAAGCGCACUUCUGGACUAUGCUGUCUUCAGCUGCACUGCUCGCAACUCACUUGGAGAAGACAAGCUCGACAUCCAGCUCGUCAGCACAAGUCACCCAGAUCCUCCUUCAUCAUUUCGCAAAGUUGCUGUUACCCACAACUCGGUCACUCUGGAGUGGAUCCCUGGCUUCAAUGGAGGUUUGCAGCAAAGAUUUCGUAUAAGAUACCGUUGGAAUCAGUCAGACAGUUUCCUGUACGUGGAUGUCUUUCCUCCUAGAGAAACAACCUUCACUGUCACUGGCCUGCAGCCUGCCACCACCUACAACUUCUCUGUCAAUGCCCUCAAUCGAAUGGGAGAGAGUGGCUAUGCUGACAACAAUGCAGUACUGACCAUCACCACCAAGGAGAGGCCAGAACUAGAAGAAGUCCCGACAGAUGAUGACUCAGUCUCACAGAGACUGCCAGCCUAUUUGACAGUAGUGUUCACAGUGGUGUUUGGAGUCGUUCUAGUGUUUAAUACACUGGGCUGCUUCUUUGGAGUGAGGUGGAAAAGGAGGCGAGGCCAGACAGGGGGUAGAGGAGGCAGCAUGUUGGACGGAAAGAAGAAUGAAAAGGAGGGGUCCAGUCAAUCAACUGUAAGCAACUCCAAUAAGUAUGAAAGCAGAGAAAAGAUCAACGCCGCUGCCCAGCGCACCCUCCUUAUCGACUCUGGAUCCGAAGCAGACAGCAACGUCUAUGAGAGCUAUGCGGCGGAAAGUUCCCAUUAUUAUUACCCCACCGGUGACUACAUGCCUCCUCUCAGUGCACACCCUGAAGAAAUAUGCAGCUUUGAUGUUGCCCACCUUCCUGCGGACCAUCACAGCCAUCUGUAUGAAGCAGUAAGAGACAGCGGUCCUUUCCAUGUCACAACGGCUUCCCCUCUUUCUUCCCCUCCGCCCUUGUUUGACCUCCGAUUGCCUCAUCAAAGCGACAAGUGGAGACCACCAACCCACCAUCAGGGUACUGAGAGAGCGAGGGAGUUUAUGGAUGUUCGACAGCCACUGAGAGAUUCUGAUCUUCCCUUCGAACUACGAGGAGAAUUAGUCUAGAAUGAAAAGCCUUGAAAAGCUGAUGACCUGUCACCACACUACUGUUACCACAGCAAAGAAUUCAAGAAAUGAAUGCCUGCACCACCAUUUUAUUCAUUUUGAUGAUGAACUGUCACCUCAAUGACAUUGACUGUUGUUCAGCAUCAUGCUUUUUGUAAAGGUGGGGUCAUGGUCAGACUCAGGCCACAUGCAACAAUGAAUGUGGCCAAAGCAGA